CCGAUAAAACUAGUUUUACAGUUCAAAGUGAUAAGCACUGCCUCAGAAGCCGAAAUGUCCUUGAUGAGCGCUAGCGUCUCCGACACGACGCUAGAGAGGAAGUAGUGGUACUUUCUGUGUAUCCACUGAGGGCUCAAAGAGAUUACCAGUUGUGAUGUUUCUACUUCUGCGCCCGACGCUGUACCGCACUUUUACAUUAGUCUGUGUAGUUUAAUAAAUUUUUUAUCGUCAGUGUCAUGGAGUACUGGAGACAAUGCGCCCUGUGGCUAAUCAGCUGCAAGGUGCUCCCGACGAACCACCGGGUGACAGGGGAGGCUGCCCAGGUGUUCGACCUGGCACAGACACUGCGGGAUGGGGUUCUUCUGUGCCAGCUUCUAAACAACCUGAAACCUCACACUAUCAACUUAAAGGAAAUCAAUCUCAGACCACAGAUGUCACAGUUCCUGUGCUUGAAGAACAUCCGAACCUUCCUGAACUCAUGCUGUGAGGUGUUUGGGAUGAAGAAGAGUGACCUUUUCGAAGCCUUUGAUCUCUUUGAUGUCCGGGACUUUGGGAAGGUCAUGGACACCCUCUCCAAGCUCUCUUACUCAACCAUUGCACAACAGGGAGGAUUCAAGCCGUUCCCAACAGAGGAAAGCUUCAAAGACGAGGACAUAUACAACCAUCUGGAGGACCUGAUUGAUGAGAACGUCCCGGAGGAUGAGGAGGACUUGUAUGCAGCCGUGUAUAGACUGGAUGAAGAUGAUGAAGGAGGAGAGAUCUACGAGGACCUGAUGAGGACAGAGCUGUUUCCUCCGCCGAGGCAAGCUGAGGUUGAUGUCCGAAGCUGCUGCCUGGCUGAGAUCAAACAGACAGAAGAGAAAUACACAGAGACACUGGAGUCCAUAGAGAAGUACUUCCUGAAUCCCCUCAAUAGGUUUUUAUCAGCUGCUGAAAUGGAUCAGGUUUUUGUCAACAUUUCGGACCUGGUAAAAGUUCAUAAGAGCCUAAUGGUGGAAUUACAGGACUCCAUCCUCAAUAAGAAUGCCUUAAACCUUUACCAGAUUUUCAUCACCUACAAAGACAGGUUGCUCAUCUAUGGAAUAUAUUGUAGCCGAGUAGAGAUAGCCAUUGCUCUGUUGGAUACUAUCUGUAAGGAGAAAGAGGAUGUUCGACUGAAACUUGAGGAAUGCUCGAAAAGGGCCAACAAUGGGAAGUUUACGCUGAGGGAUCUCUUGGUUGUCCCAAUGCAGAGGGUCCUCAAGUACCACCUUCUCCUGCAGGAGCUAGUCAAACACACUCAUGAUACGGCAGACAAGAACAACUUGAAGGUGGCCCUCGACGCCAUGAAAGACCUGGCUCAGUAUGUCAACGAGGUGAAAAGAGACAACGAGACACUGAGGGAGAUUGACCAGUACCAGAAAUCCAUCGAAAACCUGAACCAGCCUUUGGUGAGCUUUGGUCGGCCAAAAGGAGACGGUGAGGUGCGCUUGGUGCCCCACUUCGACAAGCGGAAACAAGACAGGCACAUCUUCUUAUUUGACGUGGCAGUCAUAGUCUGCAAGAGAAGGGGCGACAUCUACGAGAUGAAGGAUGUGAUCGACCUCAACUACUUCAAGAUCACCAACAACCCCACCACAGACCGAGAUAGCAAGAAGUGGUGCUAUGGGUUCUACCUGACUCACCAGCAGGGGCAGAGCGGCUUUGAGCUCUUUUUCAAGACCAAGGAUCUCAAGAAGAAAUGGUUGGACCAGUUUGAAAUGGCAAUGUCAAACAUUCGACCGGAGGAUGCCAACAACAAUUCACACCAGUUCCGGAUGCAUACCUUUGAGAAGAUCACUUCAUGUAGCUCCUGUCAUCUGCUGCUGAGGGGGAUCUUUAACCAGGGGUAUCUCUGUCCCAAGUGUGGACUUGGUGCUCACAAGGAGUGCCUGGGUAGACUUGGAGUAUGUGGAAGAUCAGAUUGUUCCACCCUCAGGCUGCAGAGAGGUACAACAAUGACUCGGCAACAAGCAGACCCAGGUUUACCCAGGAUGUUGGUGAUCAGAGACUACAUGGGCAUCCCCCCGCCCCCGAACAAACCCCUGUUGAGUGUCCAUGCGGGAGACAUCAUAGAGCUGAUCUGUGCCGACCUCCACAGCUCCUGGUGGCAGGGCAAAAUUCUUUCAACGAAAGAGAUUGGCUUCUUUCCCAGUGAUGUCGUCAGGCCUUGCCCAUGUGUUCCAAAACCAGUUGAUUACUCAGCUCAGCACUGGUUUGCAGGGCCAAUGGAGAGACACCAGGCCGAGGUGGAACUUAUUGAGAGAGCAAACAGCACCUACCUGGUCAGACACAGAAGCAGAGAGUUCACAGAGUAUGCCAUCAGUAUCAAGUUCAAUAAUGAAGUGAAGCACAUUAAGAUUCUGACCAAGGAUGGGUGCUUUUACAUAGCAGAGAAUAGGCUGUUCAAGACUGUACUAGACUUGGUGGAGCACUACCAGCUGCACUCUUUGAGGGAGGGCUUUAGAAGUCUGGAUACCACCUUGCAGGUGCCCUACAGGGAGCCAGGCAACGGCAACCUGCCUACAGGCCUGGCCAACUCUGCCACUGUCUUCUCUCCUAGGGUGGUGGGCUUAGCUGUGGUGCGGUAUGACUUCAGCUCCAGGGACACACGGGAGCUCUCUCUGCAGGAGGGAGACGUGGUCAACAUCUACACCAAGAUGGCCAAUGGCUGGUGGCGGGGCGAGGUCAACGGCAGGGUGGGCUGGUUCCCCUCGACUUACGUGGAGGAGGAGGACUGAGCUGGGGGGAGGAGCCUCUCUGACCCCGGCUGGACUGCUGUAUGGGGGAGAACCUGCCUCCGUUGUGUGUGUGGUGCUGUUCUUUGUUUACAGUACCAAUAAUGUGGACUUGGGCAUCGGCCUCGUGAUAGAAUCCAUGUAUUCACUCCUCUAUAUCUGACAGACAAAAGGGGAGAGUAGUACAGGAUAGCAUUCAAGGGGCAUCAUCUUGUAUCUGCCAGUCCGGCCUUCUGGUUACAGGGGAGUCUAAACCCAGACAACUAGGACCCUCAACUUUGACCCCCCGUCAUUCCCAGACCUCCCUCAGGCCCUUCAUGUCUCCCUCGUCCAGACUUGGACCCCUCCGACAGCCAUAUGAAUAUUUCAAUUUACUCUGGCAGCUCCAGACUUCCCGAGGCCGACGAAAAAGCCCUGAGCAAAGUCUUUUUUUUUUAUCACCUGAAAGGCACCGACCUUUACUGAGCACACCUCGCUCACCUUGGCUUAUUAUUGAUGACUCCAUUGGCUGGUCUAGCAGAAGGGGGUGGGCGUGAGGCAAGAAGGAUUCUGUCACCCAGCCAGAGCAGAGUUAGGUAACGUCCCCUGGCUGUGCCCUCUCACACGUACGACACCUGCCAUCACCUCAAUCAGGGCUGGGAUAUCUGUUAUCAGGUAGCAGAACGGCGGGGCUUCUCAUUUGGAAUUGAUCUGAUCGACAGCUUAGGCAUCUGUGUGCUUGUAUUAUUUCAACGCUGUCUUGUUAUUUCUUGUCAUUAGCAAAGCUUUUUUUGGACAGCACUGCCAGAUGUUAUUUUUCAAAGAUGUAAAAUAAUGUGAAAUAGUAAGGCAUUUCUCUUAUGUUUCCAAAACGGUUAAAGAAACAAGAAACCAAUUGUUGUAAACCACUGCUAUCAUGUAAUGUAAAUGUAUUAGAUCAUUUCAUUGUCAGUAUUUCCCUCCCUGAUCAUGUACUACAGUAUACACUGUGUUGAUAUUACUGACAUUUGAAAUACUGUCUGUGUUUUUUGUACUGUUUUAUACUCUUGCAAUAAAUUAUUUCCAUAG